AUGACAACCAUUAUCAGAUGGCAAAUACACUACGGUAAUUCGCAGCCAUUAUACUGGAUAGUCAUCGAGGAUGGAAACGCAACAGUACCCUACGUUGGAAGAAUCCUUCAACGAUCUACGUUACCUUUCACCUAUAUGGCUGCGAAAACACCUGUGAACUACCCAGGGCGUGGAUGGUAUCAGCGAUCUGUGGCUUUGCAGUAUCUCCGGAGUAUUUCCGCUCAUAUACUGGAGAAAUAUCGUUCUGCUGUCGUUUACUUUGCCGAUGAUGAUAACGCUUAUGACACACGCGUUUUUACUGAUUACGUACGAAAUGUGAAGAAGCUGGGAAUGUGGGCUGUGGGUCUGUCCGGCGGAUUUCCAGUGGAAUAUCCAAAAGCCGUUAAUGGCACAGUGGUUGGCUUUCACGCGUGGAGACCACAAACGCGAAAAUUUGCCGUCGACAUGGCUGGCUUCGCAAUCAAUUUGAAAUUUGCCUGCGGUUUGUGUAGCACUGAUUAG